AGCGGCGAGUAAUCAUUAUCGACGGACGAUAAUGAUAUGUCAAAUGUUAAAUUGUAUAUACAACGACCUAGCGUAACUUAACACUACUCCUGUCAAAAGUUGACAAGUAUUUCGAUGAGGAAUGGUCAUUGAAAUUACUUAAAAAAAUGGGCGACUUUUUGGCAACUAAUAAUAUUUGCGGGCAGAAUUUACUACGAUUGGUAUCUCGUGGAAAUGCUAUCAUAGCUGAAUUAAUGCGACUGAAAGAUUACGUGCCACCGGUCUUUAGCUUGGAUUCGAAACAAUUGGUGCAAAAAUAUGGAUCGAUCAUAAUCGAUUUUGCAUAUUUCAAAGCAGCUAGUGUUUACGAACAAAAAAUAGAGGACGAUCCGACACUUCAAGAAACUGAUGAAGAACUUCGAAAUAAUUUUUCAGACAUACUUUCAAGAUUUUAUUUAGCUUUCGAAAGUAUACAUAAGUAUGUCACAGAUCUAAAUUUUUAUAUUGAUGAGUUGGGAGAUGGCAUUUAUAUACAUCAAUCGAUAGAAUCUAUUAUGGUCAAUGAGGAAGGAAAACAAUUAAUGUGCGAAGCUGUAUAUUUAUAUGGUGUCAUGUUGCUGUUGGUUGAUUACCAUUUUGAAGGUCGAAUACGUGAAAGAUUACUUGUGUCUUACCAUCGAUAUAACGCACAGCGAUCUUCUGCAACUAGAGUAGAUGAUGUUUGUAUGCUUCUUCGUUCGACAGGAUAUGUGAGGACAUUAUCUAAAAGACCAGCUAAUUAUCCUGAGGAAUAUUUCAAGAGAGUAGCUUUGCGCGAUUUUUUGAUAGAUCUUGUUAUUGGUCGACUGCGUUCAGACGAAAUUUAUAAUCAGACUCUUGCUUUUCCGCAUCCAGAACAUCGUAGUACCGCUGUAGCUGCACAAGCAUCAAUGUUAGUCAUAAUUUUGUCUUUUAAACCAACUAUAUUACAUACACAAACUGCCAUUAUGAGAGAAAUAGUGGACAGAUUCUUUCCUGACAAUUGGGUAAUUAGUAUUUAUAUGGGAACAGUGAUUAAUCUAUGUGAUUGGUGGUCUCCAUAUAAAGCUGCACGAACAGCAUUGAAUAAUACACUUGAGAAUUCAAAUAUGAAGGGAAUUGCGCAAAAAUAUGGAGUGAGAAUGGAUAAAUUGUUACAAGAGACUGAAGAAGUACAAUUGGCAGGCACAUUGGAUGAAAAUGCAACAGGUUCUUUAGUCAAGUUAGUAAGGGAGUGUAAUGUUACAUUACACUGGAUUCUUUUGCACACAGCUACACCAACUAUAGCAUUAGAAGAUUCAAAACGUUCACGUACUUUGCGUCAGUUGGUUAUAACCGAGGGCAAAUAUACCACAGUAAAGUGUCUUCGAUUAUUAUUGAGCACUGCCCAAAUUGAACAAGAUGUUAAACAGAUGUAUAAAGAUUUAUUACUUGGAAAAGAAGCCAAGUGGUUGAAAGAUAAAGGAAUAUGCGUUGAACGUAUAACUGAUCUUGUACAAAUUUUUGGAGGUGCUAAACCUCUAGAUGGUAUUGAUAAAAAUCAGAAUCUUUAUACAUGGUUUAUGGAAAUAAGUAAACAUAUUGAUUCAUUAAAACAAGAAGAUGGGAGGAAGAUAGUACAAUUAUUGCAAGCAUUAGAACAAGUUCAGGAAUUUCAUCAAUUAGAAAAUAAUCUACAUAUUUCGCAAUAUUUGGGCGAUACACGCGAGACUUUACGCAAUAUGUUGCGUACGGGUAGUAUAUCUGAAGAUAUCAUGAUAAGUUUGAAUAUUGUAACAGAUUGUUGUUAUGCGUGGAAUAUAAUGGAAUCCUUUAUUGAUGUAAUGCAAGAAAGUAUAAAGGAAAAUCCACCAACUGUCAUCAAGUUAAAAGCUCUCUUUCUGAAAAUGGCAUCGGCAUUGGAAACUCCGUUACUUAGAGUAAACCAAGCACGAAGUGCAGAUUUAUCUUCGGUGUCCCAAUAUUAUAGCCGAGAACUCGAAGGAUAUGCUAGACGUGUUUUGCAAAUUAUACCUGAAACUGUGUUUGGCUUAUUAGCAGAGAUAGUACAUCUUGAAACGAAUGCAUUUAAAGAAAUUCCAACUAAACUACCCAAAGAUAAACUCAAGGAUUAUGCACAAUUGGCAGAGAGAUUACAAAUGGCAAAAUUAACAUACGCUGUGUCAGUUUUUACAAACGGCGUUUUAUCACUGAGAAGUGUUUCUUUGGGAGUUUUGAGGGUCGAUUCGCAUCGUCUCUUAGAGGAUGGUAUACGUCAAGAACUUGUUAAAAAGGUCACUUUAGCUUUACACAAUGGUCUCAAUUUUGAUCAAAAAUCCAAGGCAUCUCUUUUACAAAAAUUACAUAAUUUAUCCUCAAUUAUGGACGGAUACAGAAAAUCUUUUCAAUAUAUUCAGGAUUAUAUUAACAUAAAUAGCUUAAAAAUAUGGCAUGAAGAAAUUACAUAUAUUAUAAAUAACGCGGUUGAAGAAGAACGUAGAGGCUCCUCCUCGGUAUUAGGAAAAUCAUGGAGACAGUUUCAAGAAGAUAAACAUGCAUUUUCAACAGAUAAUAAUUCCUUGACCUUCAUGGGUAGACUCGCUAGGGAGAUCAUCCGUAUUACCGAACCCCGAACCACUGUGUAUAUAGAACAUUCUCUAGCAUGGUACGAUAUUAAAACACAAAUUGAAGUUUUAAAUUACAAAGUCUUCUCUGUGAUAUUAGAAACGAUAGGUACGCCGGGAUUAUCAGGACUGGAUAAACUUAUUUCUUUCUUUAUUGUCGUGGAACUAGAAAGUUUGGUUCAUUAUAUAGAAAAGAGUUUACGGAACAAAACGUGGAUGUCUCUGUUGGAAGAUUGUGAAGCUACUCUGAGUUCUUUAGACAGUGCCAAGGGUAACAUUACAAAACUUCACAAUACUAUAAGCAAUAAUAAAUUAUGGUUACCGGCGCUUGAAUGGACAUUGAAAAUAGGUCACUAUCAAUUGCUUAGGAAAAAAAUUGCUUACGAGCUAAAUACCGCUUGCAAAUUUGAAGCAAAACAUAUGGAAGCGGCACUUCAAACAUUAAAUGCAGCCGUCUUGUGCGAAAUAGCGAGAAAAGAUAGCAAUAAUAAAACUGAACCAGAAAAAAGCGAAUUGCUUCACGAACUGAGUGUGCGAUUGGACUGGGCUGGCAUCAGUGAUCCGCAUAAUAAAGUUUAUAUCAAAUCACCAAAAAUAGAUAAUAUAGCUCUUAUUAUCUUCUUGUUUACAGCAUCGCAAUUGAAUAAAUUAUAUUACUGUAAAAAUACAGCAAGUCUUUUAAGUAAGAAAUAUCAAGAUCCCAUUGACGCUGUAGUAUUUGCGAUAGGAAUACAAACAAUUCUUUGUCAAUUUCACGUUUCUGUAAUAAAUCGUUAUGUAAAAUAUCUUUGUAUGUAUAUCCUAUCAUUUGUUACCAUGGAAAGCACAAAAGCAGGAAGUGAUAUAGAAACUGAAGCAAUUGCCAAUAUCCAUUUUUUGGAGCUUUUCGUGAAAUAUUCUGGCAUUCCACGUUCUCUGAUUCUUAAGGAGAUACCUGUCGUCGUAUUAGAUCAUUCUCUAAUUAAAAUGACAAAAUGAUGCAACUGAUAUGAAAAUUGUAAUCUAAUAUCGUGUAUUA